UGCAAAUGUAAUCAAACGUUUUCUUAUUUCAUGUCAAUUUGUAUAAGCGCCAAAAUUAGAGCAUAAAGAAAAAAUUACAUGACUUAACCGGAAGGAAUAACAAAUAUCUCCCUUAACAACUAUCGGUUGAAUGAGCAUGCAAUAUAAGAUUUUGUGGAUGUGAUAUUUACGUGUGAACUUUAACUGCUGAAUUAACUUUAAAUCUAGUCUGAAAAAUGUGAUGUCUAUAACCAUGAUUAAGAAAUAAAGGUAGUGUUAACUAGUGAGGAAAUAAUUUAUCAUGAAGCAAGAGAGAAAGUUCCAGGAGCCAUGUCCAGGCAAUAAUGUGCAUGAUGCAGCAGUAGUGGCAGCUAUUGAUUUCGGUACUACAUAUUCUGGUUGGGCUUACUCUCUCCGGACUGACCUUGAAGUUGAUCGAACAAAAGCUUAUUCUAAAUACUGGAAUUCGGGUUCCACUCAGACUGAAAAAACACCUACAUGCAUUUUGAUUCGACCGGACGGACAAACAGUAGAAGCCUUUGGAUAUGAUGCCGAAGAUAGAUACAGGGAUUUAACUGAGAGUGGGGAACAUGUGAACUACUAUUACUUCCGCCGUUUCAAGAUGUCAUUAUGCAGAAAGAUUGGAGAGAAACUGAACAGAAACAUGACGAUUGAAGAUGUAAUGAAUCGCUCUCUUCCUGCUCUUGAUGUGUUUGCAAUGAGUAUCAGAUUUUUGAAGGACGAUCUUUUGAGUGCUGUUCAGAGAAGCAUUUUAGGAGGCGUACGAAAGCAGGACAUGAAUUGGGUAUUGACAGUACCUGCCAUUUGGACAGAUGGCGCAAAACAGUUCAUGAGAGAAGCAGCGAUUAAGGCUGGAAUCGAAAGGAGAAGACUAACUAUAGCGUUGGAACCCGAAGCAGCUUCAAUGUAUUGUUGUCAUCUACCAGUCGAAGCUACUGUAUGCAACACUGGAGUCAGUAUUUCAUCGUUUCAAGUCUGGACACGGUACAUGGUUCUAGAUGCCGGAGGAGGAACUAUCGAUAUAACCGUGCAUGAGGUAGAUACGGAUAACGGUGUGAAGGAAGUACAUGCUGCUUGUGGAGGUGGAUGGGGCGGUACAACUGUUGACGAAGAAUUUGAAAAUCUGUUAACCGAUUUGCUUACAGAAGAUGGUUAUUUGCAGUUUAAGAUGGAGAAUAUGGAUGAUUGGUGUGAUUUGUGGAGGGAUUUUGAGGUUACAAAAAGGGCAAUUACUGCUGCAGCAAACACAUCAGUCAGGAUGAGGCUCCCACAGUCGCUAGGAGACACGAUGCAUCGGCUGAACAAAGGUAGUUUAUCAAACAUCAUUAGCCGUUCAAGAUUUACAGAUGAUAUAACUUUGGUUCAAGACAAAAUCAAAUUUUCGCCUGAAAUUUCGAAAUCAUGGUUUCACAUUUCUGUUGACAAGACGAUAGACCUGGUCCGAAGCAUACUAUCAAGGGAUUUGGAUAUUACAGCAAUUCUUAUGGUGGGAAGACUUUCGGAGUCUUCUGUAUUGCAGGACGCUGUAAGGUCCGCAUUCAACAAUAUUAAAGUUCUCAUUCCUAGAGAGGAAUCAUAUUCCAUUCUUAAAGGGGCCCUAAUCUUCGGUCACUUACCAAAAGUUGUAACUGAACGCGUUCUAAAAUACACGUACGGAGUCAGUUCGUUCGAUACUUUCGUUGAAGGACAUCAUCCAGAGAGCAGACGUCUCAAGACGGACGUUGGUGUUGUUUGUCGAAACAUAUUAAGCAAACAUGUAGAAAUAAAUCAGAGGGUAAGAGCCGGAGAGCCGCAAGUCUGGCAUGCGUAUAAUCUCCAAUUUAAAUCUCAAACGCAGAUGGAAAUAUCUUUAUAUGCAUCUGAAAAGCCAAAUCCAAUCUACACAGAUCAGGGUUGUUUUUUCGUUGGAAAGAUGUCAGUUGACAUUUCUGAUCAAAGUGACGCCUUAGAUUGAGAGAUAUUAGUUGCUCUCACUUUUAUUGGAACAGAAAUUGUCGUGGAAGCCAUAGAUAGGAAAACAGGCCAUAAACAUCGACUUUCUUUGAUAACGUUUCCUUGAAUGCGGCAGGUACUUGUAUAAGGCAAAUGUCUUUGUUAAUUGUAACUUGAAGGACAGAAAUAUUCUCGCUUUAACAAAUCAAAAAUAAAAUUGACUUUAUAUUCAAAGUAUUAAAGGAUACUUAACCGAGAUUUUCAUAUGUUGAAAUAUAUUUGCAAACUACAGAACUGAGUUUGGAAUAGAUCUCGGUCAGUUUGAUAUGAAUUUGCAAAGAGAAAUUAUCAAAACAUUUUGCAAAUUUAAUCAAAAGAAAUGGCCAAAUUAAUUAAAUGUUUGAUUCUGAAAAUAUUGUUUUCAUAAAUGAAUGAUUAACAUGUUAUUUUCUAUCCAUCACAAUUAAUAAUACUUUACAAUAUAACCUAAACAGAGAUUAUUAUUAUCAAGUAACAGGUGCCAAUUUCCAAAUUAUUCAUUUUGCAUACACUUUUGUACAAAUUAGUAUAUGUAUAAGUCAGAAGUAGGUGGGGUACAUUUUUACGACUUCAUGAAAAGAUGUAGGCCUUAAAUAACAUGUACAAUUUGCUUACUAGUAUCAUUAGAAUAGAAAAAUGUUUUCCUUUUAAACUGAGCUACUAUUUGCCUUAGAUUGUGCGAGUAUAUGUACAGUUGUAUGUAUAAAUGAUUUUGAAAUCAACAUCUGGAACUUUAUAAUUGACCUUCAUUAUGUGUGUGCUUAAUGUCACAUUGAGUAAUGAUAAGCAGCAAACAAUUUCAUGACAUAGAAUACAUGUAAAAAGGUUACUUUUUCUUUGAACCUCGUCAUUCAAAUUGAUUAUUACAGCAAAGGCGUUAUAAAGUAAGAGAGCCUGUUUUUGUUAUAAUAAAUCGCAUUUAUAUUAUAAGCAUUAGGUAAUCUACUAAAAGUAUUAUAGUAAGUAUGUGUUUUCAUGACAGCCUUGUCAUUAUAUCAUAGUUUCCUAGUACGACCCAAGACUCGUUCCACUCAUGAAUGAUAAUAAUCAUGUUAUACUUUCAUGUCAUCAACAAACAAAUUUCAAAUACUUUUUUUUGCCUAUCUUUAUAGCCUCAUGCAUUUACAUGGGUGUAUGUAGCGUUGCUGCUCUGAGGGUAUCGAAAUUUUGUGUCUAAUUAGCCUGAUAUACUUCGAACUUUCACAGGUAAACAAACUAGAUGAGCAAAUGACCAUAAAGGAAGUUUUUUUUCUAUGACUAUUUAUACCACAGUUAUAAGUCUUUGAUGGAUGUGCUAUGUAGAGUAUAAAGAAAACAAAUUGUGUGUUUAACUCCUCCUUUUAGUCUGAUUUGUUUCAAAUUUUCACAGAUAAAUAAGCUUGAUGUUGAGAUGCCCAUAAAGGAAAGACUUUUUUCUGUGAAUAGUUUUACCAUCGUAAUGGCCCUUUGAUACAUUUUGCUAUGUUGAAUAUGGAGAAAAGUCGUGUGUAGCCAACCCCUCAAACACUAUUUGUCUGAUCUUGGUAUGCAGAUGACCAGGAAGGAAGGAAAGUUUCUGUUCAUAUUGUUUCAGCUGCUAUGGCCCUAGGUUAUAUGAUUUGCUAUAUAAAGGAUGGAACAGUAUGUUGGGACAUCUGUGUCCUAUGGACAGAAUUCUAGAUUUUCAUUUAUUUAUUUACACUUUAUCAGUUAAAGGUUUUGUAUUUAAGUACCAUGGGAAAGUCUGCUUUGAGGAUUUACGAUGAAGAAUCAGUUUUAAGAGACGUAAAUAUCCAUUAAACAAAGCAUCGUGGGUGGGAAUAGGGCUAAUUACUCAGAAUAAGGAUGGCGUCCAAUAUGAUUCGGCAUCUAUAAUCGGAUUCAUGAGUCAAAAAUUAUUUCAAUGCUUAUUACUUAUUUUGAGUAUAUCAUUUUCUUAGAAUUAAAUAUUUUAUUUAGCUUAAAAUAGCAUCUAUCAUGUGCAUGUAGUUCAGAGUUCACUUGCUAGAUAAGCAUAUUGUGUACUUACGGAAGUAAUCAUAAAAUACGUGUGAUUCACACUGAACCCCAAAUAAAAUAGAGAACAGUAGAAUCUUCACAGGUCGCUCAACACGGCAGAAAAGAAAAUGUUGCAGGCUCGGUUUGAUUGAGCCUGUUCAUGGACGGUAGUGGAAAUGCAUUCUACCGUCCACGCCCUCUAGCCCCGGGUGAGCAGAACUCAACAUUUACACAUGCUAAAAGUACAAAAAGCAAUUUAGAGACAUCCGCAGAUGUAUUCAAACGGCGAUGAAGUUAUCUUUACAAUAUGAGUUUUAAUUUUCAUUUCAUAUCACACAAGAAACUAUGUUACAUACCUUAAGAUUUCCGAUUUUUUUUUAAUAAGUGUUUAAUUGUAUUUAUGCAUUUAAUAUUUAGUUGCCAAAUAAAUCCUUAUUUGCAUCUUUGUUGUAUAAAGAGUCUGAUUCAUUAAAACUACUGGUGAUGUGAGUUCGUUGAAUACUAGUAAAGGACCAUGUGUGAUGAGGGGUGUUUUGGGCCCCUCGAUCCAAUUUUGUUUUUAAAUGCAUCAUUAGAUUAUAAAAUAUGUCUAUUUUCUUGAUUUAGUUGCCAAAUACCUGAACAUAUACAUGCGUCCAAGUGUGAAUGAUUGGUUUAUGAGGUGGUAUGCUUAAAAAAGUGCCAUACUGAAGUUAUUAUUUACUUACUUUAGAACCUGACCUGAUCAUAAAUAAUGAUUGCUAAUACAGUAAAAUAAUUCAUUUUGACAUUUAAUAUCCAUUAUGAUACUUGAAUAAGAAACAAAUAUAAAGGGAGAUAACUCUUCUUUACUCAAAACAGCUGAAAAGUAAGGUAAAAUUGUAUUUCCUCAAAUAAAAUAAAAUAA